UAAUUAAACCACUAGUGAGGACCAGAGACUUAUUUUUCUCUUCCCUGAACACAAACAGAAGCACCAUUGCUGAAGCAAAACACAAGACAAGACAAGACAAUGUUUCCUCUCAAUCCCAACCACUUGCCCAAAUCAGUGUCCUCCCUCUUCUCAGCCUACGCUUCCUUCACAGCAUUCAAGUUCUUGAUCCAGACCGUUGUCAAUGAGCUCAAAGAGUUCAUUCCCCCCUGGGUUCGAUCAUACAUAUACUCAAAGCUUCGAAAAUACUUCUUCAAACCUCGCCCAAACGAUAAGCUCACUCUUGUCAUCAACAAGAACAUCGGCAUGGCGCCCAACGAAGUCUACGACAAGGUGGAGGUCUACCUCGGAUCCAAGAUUAGUCCCUCCGAUUCGCGACUCGAACUGAGCAAGACGAGCAAGCAGAAGAGUGUCAGCCUCGCCAUUGAGAAAAGAGGCCAAGAUGUCCAGGACACAUUCGAUGACAUUGACCUCCGGUGGACCUACGUGGCCAAAUCAUCAAAGAAGUGCAGACCCAAUAAGUUCAGGCCUCCUAGUCCUGGUGAUGAUGGAGAAGAGGAAUCUCACUACUGGAGCUUUGAGUUAAGUUUCGAUAGGAAACACAGAGCCCAAGUGAUAGACUCCUACAUGCCCUAUGUCCUUGCUCAAGCUGAGUCCAUUAAACAAGGGGAAAGGGUUCUGAAGCUUCAUAGCACCGGCAGGGAACAAUAUGGGCCAUCCAAGAGUUGCAUAGAUCUCGUGCACCCUGCAACUUUCGAGACGAUGGCAAUGGAUCCAGAACUCAAGAAGAUGAUUAUAGAUGACUUGGAUAGGUUCGUCAAGAGAAGGGAGUUGUAUAAGAAGGUUGGCAAGGCUUGGAAGAGAGGGUAUUUGUUGUAUGGUCCACCCGGUACUGGAAAAUCGAGCUUGAUUGCAGCCAUGGCAAAUUAUCUCAAGUUUGAUAUAUAUGAUCUGGAGCUUUCUAGCAUUUACGGCGACUCUGAAUUGAGGAGGGUUUUACUUUCUACAUCAAAUCGUUCUAUUGUGGUCGUGGAGGACAUUGAUUGCAGUGUGCAAAUCAAAAAUCGGGAAUCAGCUCAGCCUUCUAAAAUCCCACCAACUCAUCCAAGCAGGGACUGCAAGUUCACCCUAUCGGGUCUACUGAACUUCAUAGAUGGUCUGUGGUCGUGCUGCGGCGAUGAACGAAUAAUUGUGUUCACCACCAAUCACAAGGAGAGACUAGACCCUGCAUUGUUGCGUCCUGGUCGAAUGGACUUGCACAUUCACUUGUCAUAUUGCACCCCAAGUGGGUUCAGAAUCUUAGCCUCUAACUACCUUGGCAUUCAUGAAAGCAGCCCUCAUCACCUCUUUGGAGAAAUUGAAAGCUUAAUAGAGAGCACAGAGGUCACCCCUGCAGCUGUAGCUGAGGAGCUUAUGAAGAGUGAUGAUGCAGAUGUUGUUCUAGAAGGGCUUGUCAAAUUCCUCAAAGAAAAGAAGGCUGCAGAUGAUAAAAUGAAGUCAAAAAAGGCUAAAAAAGCUGAGCAGGAAAGGAUGAAGAAAGCAGAGGAGGAAGGGAGUAAAAGUGGAGAGGAGGAAGGAACUAAUAAAGCAGAGGUUGGAGGGAGUAAAAAAGGAAAUGAGGAAGCCACUAAGAAAGCAGAGGAGGUAGGGACUGAAAAAGGAAAGGAGGAAGGGACUAACAAAACAGAGAGUCAGGAAAGGGAUGAGGAUGUGAACACAAACUGCUACCUCCACCCUCAUUUUCUCAGCAAUCCUAGCACAAUGUUUGCUUCCAAUCCCACAGCUAUGCCCACCACAGCCUCGACUAUGUUCUCGGCCUACGCCUCAUUUGCUGCCUCAAUGAUGCUGGUCCGUUCCAUAACGGACCAGCUCAUCCCAGGGCUGCUCCGAACCUACAUUUCCUCAUCCCUCAGGCACCUAUUCACCCCUCUCUCCACCACCUUGACUGUCGUCAUCGAAGAGUACGAUGGCAUCAUCGCCCGGAAUGAAGUCUUUGACGCGGCGGAGCUCUAUCUCCGGGCCAAGAUCAGUCCUCUCACAGAACGUCUCAGGGUCAGCAAAACUCCUAAGCAAAAGGCCAUCAGCUCCGCCAUUGAUAAAAACCAAGAGCUAGUGGACACAUUCGAGAACAUGAAGCUCAAGUGGAAAUUUGUGUGUGUAGAGCCCAAAAAUGGUGGACAUUACUCUUAUGAUAAGCGUCACUACGACCUGAGCUUCCACAGAAAGCACAAGGAGAAAGUGAUGGAGUGUUACUUGCCAUAUGUGUUAGCUAAGGCCAAGGCCAUUAAGGAAGAGGAGCAAUUUUUGAAGCUCUUCACCCUCGACCGCGAUGAGAACUCUCGCGGUUCGGGGUUGUGGAAGUCCAUUAAUCUGGAGCACCCCUCCACCUUUGACACAGUGGCGAUGGAGCCGGAGAUGAAGAAGAGGAUUAUUGAAGAUUUGGACAGGUUUGUGAGGAGGAAAGAGUUUUACAAGAAGGUGGGGAAGGCUUGGAAGAGGGGCUACUUGCUUUAUGGUCCUCCGGGGACCGGGAAAUCGAGCUUGAUUGCGGCAAUGGCGAACUAUUUGAAUUUUAGUAUCUAUGAUUUGGAGCUGAGCAGCAUUUCCAGCAACACUGAGUUGAGGAAGGCCUUGCUGUCUACGUCGAAUCGGUCUAUAUUGGUGAUAGAGGAUAUUGAUUGCUCUGUGGAAAUCCAAAACAGAGAGGCAGAGGAGGGUGCUUUUCAGAGUAAUAAGUCCAAAAAGAUGUUGACGCUUUCGGGGUUGUUGAACUUUAUUGAUGGUUUGUGGUCGAGUUGUGGUGAUGAGAGGAUCAUAGUGUUCACAACAAACCAUAAGGAUCGGCUUGACCCGGCAUUGCUGCGUCCAGGGCGAAUGGACAUGCACAUUAACAUGUCCUAUUGCACUGCAGGGGGUUUUAACACACUUGCUUCGAACUAUCUUGGCAUUCAUCGCAGCAACCGUCACAGGCUUUGUGGCGAAAUUGAAGGACUAAUUGAAAGCAGUGAGGUCACUCCUGCAGAGGUUGCUGAGGAGCUAAUGAGGAUCGAUGAUGCUGAUGUUGCUCUUGAAGGACUAGUGAGCUUGCUCAAGAGAAAAAAAGUUGAGAGAAAUGAAGCAAAGGAGGAGGCGAGUAACAAAAUUGAGAUUCAAUAUGUAAAGAGGCAGAAAACCGAGCCAAAUGUUAAUGGUGACAAUCAAAACAUGUUGAGCUGAAUUAAUAGAAGCAGAGUGACUACUAAAGGUUGGAUCUGCAAGUAUGUUUCUAUAGGAACUUUUGUAGAAUUUGAACAAGCUGUGAUUCUGAACAAUCAAACUGUUCUGUUUUAGGGUAACUUAUUUACUAUCAAACUACAAACUAAUAUGUGUAGGCAUCUU